CUGCGGUCGGGAGAGGACGGAGGAGCGGAGUUAACGGGGCUCCGUGGAGCGGCAUGUCUCGGAACCAGAGUUCUCCGUGUCUUCUUGUUCACGAUGAACUGUAGCAGCUCAGUAAGAUGCGUGUGUGUGUCCAGAUGAGCAGUUUGCUGCUCGCCGUCAACUUUUUCCUGCCGCCGCUGCGAGCUCAGGAUCCUGCCUGCUGUCAACAUGCUGCCGAGUCGUCACCCUGCAAAGAAGCUUGUAACCAGCUCGCCACCAUCAAGAGUGAGUCACGUCUAAAACAUCUUCUCCUGAGGUUACCCAGUUACUGUCCAGAGUCCAUGAACGUACUUUGGACAUGCAUCAACUCUACACUCCCAGGUGUUUCCAGGAAGACUGACGGCUGGGUGGGGCUCGGCUGCUGUGAGUUGGCCAUCGCCUCAGAGUGUCGAAGGGAAUGUAGACAGGCAUCAUCUAAAAAUGACAUUACUAAAGUAUGCAAAAAAGUCACAGAGAACUCCCUCUACAGCUGCAUCACCAAAAAUGAAAUGGGUUCUUCGUGCUGCAGCUUUGCGGGCCGCCACACCACCUGCAGGGAGUACUGUGAGGCCAUCUUUAGGACCGACUCCACCCCCACAGAGUCCCAGAUCAAGGCUGUCAAAGGGUACUGUGUCAGCCUUAGCCUCCAGCUGGUCCAAUGUGUCGACAACUUCACGCAGUCCUACCCCGCACGCAGCCCCAUUGACAGUUUGUACUGCUGCGACCGGGCAGAAGCCACCCACUGCCAGGUGGCCUGCAGGCGGAUACUGCGCACCAUGAACACAGAGCACGAGAUCAUGGAGGGUCUGAUCAUUGAAUGUGGCUCCCAGCCCCUCCCUCAGGACCCCAUGUGGCAGUGCUUCCUGGAGAGUUCUCACCCUCCUCCCCCACCAGAGGAGGAGAUUCCCCAUCCAGCCAAGGACAGUGCCAAGCUGCACUGCUGCUCCAAGGCCAACACAUCUCGGUGCAGGGACAUGUGCAUGGAGAUCAGCACCCACUGGGGCAGCCAGACGUGGCAGGACUUUGAUCAGCCCUGUGAGUACAACCCUGUGGAGACGGAGCUCAUCAACUGUCUGGCAGAUGUUCGAGAGCCCUGCCAGCUGGGCUGCAAGGACCUGACGUACUGCUCCAACUUCAACAACCGGCCUACCGAGCUGUUCCGCAGCUGUAAUGUUCAGUCCGAUCAGGGAGCUAUGAACGACUUCAAGCUGUGGUCCAACGGGACCAUCCGGAUGCCGUUCAUGAACAUCCCUGUGUUGGACAUCAGGAAAUGUCUGCCCGACAUGUGGAAGGCCGUGGCCUGCUCACUGCAGAUCAAACCAUGCCACAGCAAGUCCAGAGGCAGUGCCAUAUGCAAGUCAGACUGUGUGGACAUCCUGACCCAGUGUGGGGACAUGAAACGCUUCCAUGAAGGACAAACCCCGGAGAGGAUCUGUGAGCUGCUGUCUCCCAUCGAUGACCCUGAGCGCUGCAUCCCCCUCCACAGAUACCUCAACCAUGGCACCACCUUCCAGACCGACUGCAACACCUGCUCCUGCUUCUAUGGAGAAACCAUCUGCUCCAACAGGAAGUGUCCCAGCCCUGGCUUCUCCACUGCCACUCAUGCCACUGGUCUCCCCUGUGCCUGUCCAGACCACUUCAUCCCAGUGUGUGCCUCUAACGGACAGACGUACCCCAGUGGCUGCGUGGCGCGCUGCAUGGGCUUCAAGGACCAUCAGUACAUCUUCGGCCAGUGCCACAUUGUUAACCCCUGCGCAGACAAAACCUGCCCCAGGAACCAGAGGUGCGUCCCGAAGCACCGCGUGUGUCUGAGCAACUCGUCGGACUGUCCUCAGUACGACUGUGUGGGUCGACCCGGAACCUGCGAUAAGAACUUGUAUGACCCGGUCUGUGACACGGACGGCCUGGUCCACCGCAGUCUGUGCCACCUGCAGCAGGGGGGGAAGACCCUGGCCUACACGGGACAGUGUCAGGAGGUGUGCAAGACGCCCCGCAAGGUCUGUGCUCACAACGGGGAGACCUACGACACCACGUGUCACGCCUUCUCCGACCGUGUGGCUGUGGAUUACGAGGGCCCCUGCCACACCAUGGGGGCCGUGUCCGGCAUGGCCCCCGACUCAGCCUGCAGAUCGAUUUCCUGCCCAACGAUAAGGACCCCCGGCUGCCGCCCUGUCACCCCCCCAGGAGCCUGUUGUCCUGUCUGUGGCAGCAUACUGCAGAUCCUCUGGAGCCAGAAGCUCAUCAACAACUUCUCCAAGCUGAACAAGAACCAACCUGUGACGGUCCUGGACGUCCUGCAGAACCUGCGGCUUUACGUCUCGGUGCCACAGUGUGACAUCUUCGGUUACCUGAGUCUGGACCACCAGCUGGUAGUCCUCAUCGCUCCAGUAGAGCAGCAGCCCACCCCUCUGCAGGUCGAGGCCUGCAGCAAGGAGGCCGAGAAGAUUGACUCCCUGGUCAACUAUGCAAGUCCCACCCUGGUGUCCCACGUCCCCCUGUCGGCCCUCCUCAGCUCCGAGAUCAGGACCUCCUCCGUCCUCUCAGGGGGGUCUCGAACCGCAUCCCCAAGCCUGGACGUUCUCCUGGUACUCCUGCUUCCUGCUGCUCUGGGCCUGCUCCAGCUUUAAGUGAAGUCUGCCUCAGUGACUCUGAUCCAAAGUGCCCCACAGACCCCCCCCUGUGAGGGGGGGCAGCCAUGAUGACAAUCAUCCUGCGUUUCAACAAUCAGCUUCUGAUGGAAGACAAGUAUUAUUCA